AUGAUGUGUAAUGUCCCAAAUAACUCAGAAACUUGUCCCACUACGGACACUGAGUUUCCACUUGACUGUCCGGUUUCGGCAUCGGCACUCGCACGAGCUGGCUUUGUGUACACUGGAGAAGGUGACAAAGUGAAGUGCUUCAGUUGCCAUACAGCUGUUGAAGGAUGGGAGCCUGGGCAUUCUGCAGUUGAGAGACACAAACGUCUUUCCCCAAAUUGCAAAUUUAUUACUGAAUCUGCUUUGCUGGAAGAUGAUACGGAUCCUGCUGCCCAGAACUGCCAGCAUGGAAUUGAGAACAGUUCCAGCAGUUCAGCUCUGCCCUCUGCUCUGGAUGACCCCGAUGUGGAGGCAGAUUACCUUCUGAGAACUAGGCAGGUUGUGGAUAUGUCAGAUACUUUGUAUCCUAAAAAUCCUGCAAUGUGCAGUGAAGAAAUGAGAUUAAAGUCUUUUCACAACUGGCCCCUCAAUGACCAAUUGACACCAAAGGAAUUAGCUAAUGCUGGAUUUUAUUAUACAGGUGUUGGUGAUCAAGUGGCAUGUUUUUGUUGUGGUGGGAAACUGAAGCACUGGGAACCCAAUGACAGAGCUUGGUCAGAACACAAGAGGCAUUUUCCCAAAUGCAUCUUUGUCCUGGGCCGGGAUGUUGGAAAUGUUCCAAGUGAACCUGUUCCUGCAGAACUUGGGAUAAGUGGCCUGAGCAAUGCACAGCACCCAAGGAAUCCGUCUAUGGCAAAAUAUGGAAGACGCUUGCAAACAUUUUUAUCUUGGAUAUAUCCUGUUGACAAGGAGCAGCUUGCAGAAGCUGGGUUCUACAGUGUGGGUAAUGGUGAUCAUGUUGUGUGUUUUCACUGUGGUGGAGGCUUGCAAGAGUGGAAGGAAAAUGAAGACCCAUGGGAUCAACAUGCUAAAUGGUUUCCUGGGUGCAGAUUUGUGAUCAAGGAAAAGGGAAUAGAAUUUAUAAAUAACGUUCACCUAGGAGAUGGAUUCAGGAAUUCAACAACAGAAGCUGCUGAAGGAACAAAACUUCCUAAAGAUGAUCUCUUACAGAAUCCUUUGGUACAAAGUGCCAUAGCCAUGGGUUUCAGUUUGUCUGAGAUUAGGAACACCAUGGAAAAGAGAUUGCACAUGACUGGAGAAAGUCACACAUCUGUUGAGGAUCUGGUAGCAGACUUAAGUGCUCAGAAAGAAAAUACAAGGGAAGAAGAACCAAAUGAAAUCCCAGUUGAGCAAGAUGAGCUUAUUCAAUUACAAAACCUCUACCUCAGUACUGAAGAGAAGUUAAGACGCUUGCAGGAAGAAAAGCUUUGUAAAAUCUGUAUGGGGAAAGAUGUAUCAGUUGUCUUCAUUCCCUGUGGUCACCUAGUUGCCUGCAAGGAAUGUGCUCAAGUACUUAAUGAAUGCCCUCUGUGUCGUACAGAUAUUAUGAAGAGGCAGGAAAUUUUUAUGUAUUAG